CUCUCCCUCUCUUCACGUAAGGAAAUGAGAGCAGAAACCUAACUGGCAGCAAACACCUCAUCACUCUCUUGAUUCUAAUGGGGAAUGGAAGCUCUUGUGAUUUGGAAGCAAUGGCUGCCAAUGAGAAGCCCUCAGAGAUUAUACAAAAGGCCCGAAGAAAACUAACAGAUGUUCUUCAAACAGAUCCAGAGGCUGUCUUGAGUGCUGUAGAUGCCCAUCUCCUGAUUACAGAGAGAGAGUACUUCACACUGAGUCAAAUAAAUGAUCCACAGAAGCUAAUAGUGACACUGAUUGAAACAGUACUCGAAAAGGGAGAAUUGGCCCAUGAGCAAUUUCUAGAUUGUAUGGAAAACCUGCAACACACAUUUCCAGGCUUAGGACCAAUUUCUGAGUAUUUAGAAGAUGAUCCCAAUAAUGGAACUGAGAAUCCAGAAGCUGCAGUGUUCUCAGAGAAAAAGAAUGGACCAGAAGAUCCAGAAAUGGUUGUAUCAUCAGUGAAAAAGAAUCUUCCUGAGAGCCCAAAACCCAACACAUCCUCAGAGAACGGGAAUGGAGCCAAGAGCCCAGAACCCGACACAUCCUCAGAGAACAGGAAUGGAGCCAAGAGCCCAGAACCCGACACAUCCUCAGAGAAAAAGAAUAGAGCUGAGAGCCCAAAACCCAACACAUCCUUAGAGAACAGGAACGGAGCUGAGAGCCCAGAACCCGACACAUCCUCGGAGAAAAAGAAUAGAGCCGAGAGCCCAGAACCCGACACAUCCUCAGAGAAAGGGAAUGGAGCCGAGAGCCCGGAACCCGACACAUCCUCAGAGAAAGGGAAUGGAGCCGAGAGCCUGGAACCCGACACAUCCUCAGAGAAAGGGAAUGGAGCCGAGAGCCCGGAACCCGACACAUCCUUAGAGAACAGGAACGGAGCCGAGAGCCCAGAACCCGACACAUCCUCAGAGAAAGGGAAUGGAGCUGAGAGCCCGGAACCCGACACAUCCUCAGAAAAAGGGAAUGGAGCCGAGAGCCCGGAACCCGACACAUCCUCAGAAAAAGGAAAUAGAGCAGAGAGCCCAGAAGCUAUUGCAUCCUCAGAAAAGGGGAAGGAAUCUGAGAUCCUAGAAGCUUCUGCAACCUCGGAGAAAGGGAAAGGAGUGAAGAGCCUAGAAGUCCCCCCGACUUUAGAGAAAGAGAAUUCUGAAGAGCAAUUGUUCCUACAAGCCCAAAAUGAACUUAUUGGACCUUGGAGCCAGACAAACAUGGCGGAGUCAGCAACAGCUGGUGACCUAUUGGCAGCAAGGACUAUUGAGAAGGAACCAGAGGGAGCAACUCCAUCAAGAACACCAGCCAAAGGGACUUGUGAUUUAGAAAAAUCUGCUGAUGAAAAACCCUCAGAGAUUAUACGCAACAAAAGAAAAAAGUUAAUUGAAAUUCUUCAAAAAGACCUAGAACUCAUCUUGGAUGAAUUACUAUCCCAAUCCAUUGUCACAGAGGAGGAGUACAAUACCUUGGAUAAAACAGAAGAGGAUCCCAAGAAGAAGAUAAGAAAAUUGUUGAUUCUGAUACAGAAAAAGGGGGAAUCAGCCUGCCAGCAAUUUCUGGACUGUUUAGAAAUUGUAUUUCCAGGUAUAGAUCAGGAUUUAUAUUUAAGUUCUGGUUAUCCUCAGAGUAAAAGAACUCCCCAUCUCAUUUCUUUGACAAUGGAAGCAGAGAAUGACCUUAUUUUUCUAUUCAAUGACAGAGAGGAGAAAGCGGACAUCCUGCAAGCACCAGAGCUAACAGAGACAACACCACAACUUCCCAAAGAUUCUUUAAUUCAGGAACAAGAAGUUGCUAUUCAGCAAGACCCAGAACAGAAGCAAAAAGACCUCCCCAAAGAGAGAAGAAAAGCAUUCAGAGAAGUUCUCUCCAAGUUAAAAUUACAGAAGUAUGAAAGCAGAAAGCUCAGGAUGAAUGAUAUCCUGGAAAUCAGCUCAGGAAGUUUAAAGGACUGGAAUCCUCAGAAAUUAAGAGAUUUACCAUGGCAUUUCCUGAGAAAGGUCAUGGCUUUGAAUAUGACAGCCAGAAGUACAAGCCUUAGGUGUGGGGCACUUCAUGAUCAAGGAACCAGGGUGGAUGAAGAGGAACAAGGUAUCAAUGAACAAAUUUUCUUUGUUAGUGACACUGACACUAAAGUCUCUUUGAAUCCACUUGAUGUUCUGUGUGCUGUUCUGCUUUGCUCAGACAGUUUCCUACAGCAGGAGAUCCUGUCCAAAAUGUCCAUGUGCCAGUUUGCCCUCCCUCUGCUGCUACCUGCCCUCGCCACCCCCAGGUGCACCCUACUGCUGUGGGCCAUGAGGGACAUUGUGAGGAAGUGGAGGCCGCAUUCCCUGGCAGACAGCAGAGGGUUCAGAGAGGAGAGCCUGGUGUUCACGUCAAUGCCAACCAUUUCCUUUGUGCGGAUGGGGAGCUGCAGCUUCUCCAAGUCCAAACUCCUCAGUGAGGUUCUCAGCCCCUCACAGCAGUAUCACGAUUUCUUUAUCCAUCGGGACAUGGAGUCUGGGAACAUCCCUCGGGAAAUCGCAGAUGGGCUGGUAGAAAUUUCCUGGUUUUUCCCUGGUGGGAGGAAGAAUUUGGAUCUUUUCCCAGAACCUGUGGCAGUUACAAAUCUACGUGGAGACAUUGAAUCUCACUGGUUGCAGUUCAGCUUUUUAACAGAGGUCUCCUCAGCUGUGUUCAUAUUUGCUGAAAACAUCACUGAAAGAGAGUACACUCUGUUAUCAUCUUUGAAAGAAUCCACAACUAAAUAUUACUUCAUUCUCAACCACCAGACUGGGAAAUCCAGUGAAACUCUAGCAAUCCUUAACAAAUUAGCCCCUGUGCUGAAACUGAAAAAUUCACAUAUGCUGAUGAAAGACAGCAACACAAAUAAAGCAAAAUUUGUGGAAAAGCUGCAGUCCACCAUACGAAGCAUAAUGAACUCUUCUCCCAAGAGGACAGGUAUAGAAGACAUGGCUGGGACAGCGCGUGAACUAGGAAUCCAAAUAGAUGAAGACCAUGUGGAAUGUCAGACUGCGAGCGACUGCGUUAAAGAAAUCACCACAGAAAUAAAGGAUGUGGCAUAUUACAAACAAGAAAUGCUGAGACUCCAAGGGGAUUUAUGGAAAAGCCUGGCUAAAGUGGAAAAAGAAAUGUGCCGAAUGAGAAGGCAGGGGGAUAUCCCUGCUGAGAAAUAUAAAUCUCAGCUGAAAGAUAAGAUGUUGGAUUUGCGUAAACAACAGAAUAAAUGUGACCUUACUGAUGGUUUGACUAAAUUCAUUGAUGCAAUACAACAUCUACUUCCAUUAGAAAAACAUUAUUUCCUGAAAUGGAUGAAGUUUCAGCUGGAUCACAUUGCUAGGGGGAAUCUUUCUAAACUACGGGCUGAAUACAAAGAGAAAUGCAAGUCUUUAGGUGAUGACCCCAAACAGUUGGCAGAACUAGAUAAAUUAAUCUCUUCCACUUCUUUAGGGGUUGAGCAUUUCAUGCGUGAGUUGGGGCAGUUUUAUGAGGCUGAAUGCUCCAUGGUUAAAGAAGGCAAAAUUCUAAAAAGUGGAAGGCAAUUCACCCACCUCCCAGACAUAGCAGCUGACCUGCUGCUGGAAGGGUUUCCUAUUGAGCUGAUCGAUGGAGAUGCAUCCAACAUCCCACUGCAGUGGGUAACAGAUGUUCUGACUCAGCUCCAUGCAAAGCUGGGGGGAAGGUCCAGAAUGCUGGUUCUAACAGUGCUGGGAGUGCAGAGCACUGGGAAAUCCACCCUCCUCAACACCAUGUUCGGCCUGCAGUUUGCAGUGAGCAGUGGCCGAUGUACACGAGGAGCCUUCAUGUUGCUUAUUCAAGUUAAAGAGAUCUUAAAAAAGGAACUGGGCUGUGAUUUCAUCCUGGUGAUAGACACAGAAGGCUUGAAAGCCCCUGAAUUGGCCAAGCUGGAGGACAGUUAUCAACAUGACAAUGAGCUGGCCACACUGGUGAUUGGGUUAAGUGACAUAACCAUUGUUAACAUGGCCAUGGAAAAUGCCACUGAAAUGAAAGAUAUUCUGCAAAUUGUGGUCCAUGCAUUUCUCAGAAUGGAAAAAAUAGGGCAUAAGCCAAACUGCCAGUUUGUACAUCAGAACGUCAGUGAUGUGUCUGCGGAUGAACAAAACAUGAGGGACAGGAAACACCUCCUGGAGCAGCUGAAUGAAAUGAUCAAAGCUGCAGCAAAGAUGGAAAAACUAAACAAGGAAAUAAAAUUUUCUGAUAUCAUGGAGUAUGAUCUGGAAAAAAACAAUUGGUACAUCCCUGGGCUUUGGCAUGGAGUCCCGCCCAUGGCUCCGGUGAAUAUGGGAUACAGUGAAAAAGUGUAUGAGUUAAAGAGGUAUCUGUUUGAAUUCAUAAGGAACUGUUCACUUAAAAGAACCCCCAAGGACAUUCCACAGUUUACUGAAUGGGUGAAGAGUCUGUGGAAUGCUGUCAAACAUGAGAACUUCAUCUUCAGCUUUAGAAACAGCCUCAUAGCUGAAGCCUAUAACCAGCUGUCAGUGAAGUAUUCUGAGUGGGAAUGGGGUUUCCGCAAGGAAAUGCACCUCUGGAUAACUGAAAAAGAAACUGCAAUUCAUAACUUUUCUCCUGAUGAACUAGAAGCUGAUAAGUCACAAUAUGAAAUGCAACAGAAACUACAGUGUGGAGAACAGAGAAUUCUGGAGCUUUUAAAACAAUAUUUUGAAAGCGGGGCAGCAAAUCUGCAUCUGAUAGAAAAGUACAGGGAAGAUUUUAUCAGAAGUGCAAAGAGCCUGAAGAAUGAGCUGGAAAGUUAUUCAUUUAAGAAAUGUAAGGAAGCCAUUCACAUUAAAAAAGGCCAGCACAAGAUAGCCAAUAUCCAGGCUGAGUACAUGAAAGUAAUUGAAGGGAAAGUGGACAUGCUUUUAGAACAAUGCAGGAAAAAAGAAAGUAAAUUGGAAAAUAAAGAAUUGGAAAUGGAAUUUGAAAAAAUGUGGAAAGAAACAUUUUCAGAAUUAUCGCCCGUUUGUUUACAGAAACAUGAAAUUCAUGAAGAUAUAGAGUUCCAUCUGAGAAAAGACCUGGAUAACAGAGGAAGUUCAGUCAAUCAGAAGAUACAAGAAGCAGGAAGUUUGAUGAAUUAUAGAAUUAACUCUUUCACAAUGAGAAAUGAAUAUUUAGACUUUUCAUUUACCUCAGCUGUGAAACAUUGGUUUACAAAAAAACAGUCACAGAAAACAGAAAAACUUGCUAAAUCCUUGAUGGCCCAAUGCAAUAGUUACAUUGAAGAGAGAGUCUGUUCCAAGGCAGACUAUGAUGAAACUUAUUGCAGAGAAUUGUUGCAUUUGAUCAAUGAGAAACUUCAACAGGAGGAAAUGAAAAAACUACAGACUUCUGUUUCCUUUGAAGUUGAUCUGAAACUUCACAUUUUGGGGGAAGCCGCUCACGCAUUUCAGAAGAUGCAUGAAGAUUUUCUCAAGGAAAAUGAUCCUCAGCAACGGUUGGAGAAGCUGAAACCUCAAUAUUUCUCUAUAUUUAAAGACCACUACCUGGAAAAAGAUGCCCGACAAAAUAGAGCCAGGGAUUUAUGUGAUCAGUGUCUCAAACCUGCCUUAAUGGAUUAUGUUAGCAAAAGACUUGGACUGGAAAUAGUGGAUGACAUUCUCAGCAGCGGACAGUCUAUUGAAUAUGCCAGCCGGAGCUUUUUCCAGUUCACUGUGCAGAAGAAGCUGUUAGAAGAUGGGAACUUCAACAACUAUGUGAAAUACAUUAUCAACUACGAAAAGUUUGUCAAAGCUUGGAUAUGGAGGCACAUAUUAGAUUACUACAGAGAGGCUGAGGAUUUGGAAGCUCUGGAGGAAGAAAUUCUAUCCACGAUAAUAAAGAAAGCCAGGGAUGCUCUGGAGAAAGCCAAAGAUGAAAGUGUUAAGACAGUCUCAGCCUUUCUAAACAACUUUUGCAAAGUGCUGCAGAAGGACCUCGUCAUUUCCAAGGAUAUCUUAGUGGGGAUACAGUUUAAAAACACUGCAGAUCCAGAUCAAUUUUCUACUUUGAUUCAAACCUUUCUUCCUUCUCUGCAGCAACAAUUACUAGCUGAAUUGAAAGACCGGGAAAUUAGAUCGAAGCUCUCCCAUCUGCCGCUGAAGCCCCAGGAUGAAAUCUUCAAGCGAGUGUUUGGCUGUGGGAAGCAGUGUCCAUUCUGUACAGUCCCCUGCGAAGCAGGAGGAGGGGAUCAUAGAGAGCACUUUGCAUCAGUACAUCGUCCUCAAGGGCUAGGGGGAUACCGAAGUGUGGCAACAGAAAAACUUACCUAUUCUCUAUGUUCCUCUGAUGUGAUUUCCAGCACUACAUUUAGAAAUUCAGACACAGAUUGGAAGGAUCAUCCUUAUAAAGGUUAUCGUCAAUAUUACCCAGAUUGGCGCAUUCAGCCAGAUCCCAGCAUCUCUGCUUCUGAUUACUGGAAAUUUGUUUUUAAGGAGUUCAAUCAACAGUUUGCUAAGGAGUAUGGUGCUAAACCAGCUGAUCUCCCAACAGACUGGCAAAAAAUAACCAAAGAACAGGCUCUGGAGAGCCUAAAGGAAGCAUUUACUAUGAAAUAAACACACAGACAGUCUGCCUAAAUGGGAUAUUCAUGUGGUCAGAUAGGAAAAUCAACAUUCUUUUGAUUUAAAAACAGACAUGAAAAAAAUCCAACUUCAAACAAAUAUGUAAUUUCAUCUAUGAAGCUAGCAGGCACUGUUCAUAACUUCAGAAUGAAAACCUAUUUUUUGACAUGUGAGAGAAUCGAGUCUUAGGUGCAUUUCACCACAGCAAUGGUGUUUUCUAACCACCAAUUAAUUCUCUUCCAAAACAGGUCAACUCUCCUAUGAAUUCAAGUAUCAAUACCUUGACCCAAGCAGCUAAUCUCAGAGUACGAUACACCAUACUAUAUAAUUGUAUUUUGCCCAACAAAAUCUGUUUUAUUACAAAAGCUGAAUAGUGUCAUUCCAGAUAAAGGGUUAUCUGCAUUUCUGGCCCCCGUUAUAAUUGGGACACUGUACCAUGAUCAUAAAUUACCAAAUCCCAUGCCAUUGAUGGCUCACUUGUAGUGCUCCCUCUCCCCUCCAUUCCAUAUACUCUGUUCACACUCCACCUGUGGUCUGUCUCCUCAUCUUUGCUCCAUUUUGCUUAUGCCAUCUACUCACUUCCCCCACUACCAUGUUCCUGAUGACUACACUCCUCAAAGUAACUGGUGGAAUCCACCAUCUAGACGGUAACUUGUGGAGCAGCUCAGGAUUCCAGUGCUGAAAAUAAUCUGAUGAAAAGAACUAGGAUUCUGAAAGAAGUCUAACAAGAAGGGGCUCCUGGCACAGAGCAGCACCUCACUCUCUCUUCUCUAUCUGUCGGGGGAUGGAUGGUCUUGAUGGCUAAACCCUAGGACACGUGGGUUCUCUUCCUAGUUCUGAGAUGGGAAUGUGGGCUAGUGGGCCAGAGGUACGGGGAUUAGUGAUUCCUGGGUUCUGUCCUAGCUCUGCCACUGACCUGCUGUGUUACUUUGGGUAAUUUCAUUUCCCUGACUCCUCCCUAUGCCUCAGUUUGUCAUUUGUAAAAUAAGGGAUAAUGAAUCUGACCCACCUCUCUGUGGGUUAUGAUGCUUAAUUCAAUAAUGUUUCUUUAUCUAAUGGAAAACAUUAAAGAAGGGCAAGUUAUUGUUGUGAUUAUUAUUAAUUUGGUAAAACGUGUGUUGGGGCAGGGCAGAAAAGCUGAAAGCUGGUUACUUCAAACAUGAAGGGUUUUAUUUUCUUCUUGUAAUACAUUACUAUUGAUUAAUCCAGGGGUCAGAGUGCUAUGCAUACUUUUAGAAGCAGUGACUAAUUUCUACUAGCAAACUAGCCUUGCAUACUACUUUAAUGCUGUUGAAAAUUCAUCAUUGUAUAAGGACAAAACAACUUAUACAAAAAACAAAAUAAAAUUAAUACAAUUCUUUGCUUCAUAGUCA